CCAGGCCUUAUUCUGACUCUGUGAGGAAGCUGAAGCUUGAAUAUUUAGUUUGUUUACUCAAGGCGAUGUCCAGUGCAGGAGGGCCUCUAUGUGGCAAUAGGAUGCUUGAAGGAAUUGUGUGAUGCCCUCCAACACAUCCAAAGCACUCCAAGCAGUGGCAAAUCUCCAGGCUCUGCAGUCCAUUGUAAAAUGGCAGCAUUUGGAACAUGUGCGAUCCGAUCUGUUGAAUGCGUUCUCCACUCUGCUAAGCCAGGAGGCCAUAAUCUUGGCUAUGAACAACAGCUUUGUGGAUCCCCUUCUGCAGUUUGAAGCACAGCUCGAGCUAGUACAUUCGUGUUUCAACAUGGUGUUUUCCCUACCCGUUAUUGGAAUACCAGAGGAAAUGGAAAAGAGCAUUGAGGACUACAAAGAUAUGCAGUUCCUCUAUAACAGUAUUCUAAACACCUUCGAAGACAUCCUUCUGAUACUGGUAUCUAAAGAUUUUUACAAGCUCCAGUUCAUAAAGGAAAUUAUCACAUGGAUGAAUGAGGAUCCCAUUUACAUGCAGAGGGUCAUGAAGACAAUAGUCACGGUGCUAGAAUUUGCGUCCAGGAAAGCUAGUAAAAGUUCAAGUGUGGAUGCCCCCUGCCUGGGCGAGCUGGCAGCCGAACUGGCUCUUCUCUGCAAUUACCAAAGUUCACCAUCAUUGCAGCAGGCCGCCCUGGGGAUGCAUCAUCUUCUCUGCAUAGCAAUCCAACAGACAGUGUUAUAUGGCAAAGAGAGAACAAGGAAGGAUGCAGCAGAAAAUUGUCAGAAGUCUGAUGCUGACUUGGAGAUCUCCCCUGCCUUGUUGCAGAAGAACAGAACGGCUGUUUGGAAUUUGAGCAAUGAUUAUUCCACCAUCAACAUUCACCAUGUCAUUCCCCUUCCUCCUUCCCCCUCCACCAGCCAACUUCCUGUCUUCAUUGACCUCUCGUCCACUCCUCUUUGUGUCUCAUCUCUUUGGUUUUGUCCUAUUUGGCUGAAGUGUGUAGGGGAUUAUUUAAUGCCACCACAGCUAACCGACUUUGUGUGGAGUCUCCUGAGCAAACUGUCAAACUCUUCUUCGGCUGUGGCGUCGGAGGCGGCGGUGCUGCUGAGAGUCACUCUGGAGAAAUUUUCCUAUAAGGUGACCAUGGUGUCCAAAGUUUUGGAUUCAAUUUAUAUACAGCUGAAGAGCAGCAUCACUCAUCCUAUGAAGUAUGCUAUGCUUCGCGUCAUAAGUUUAUUCGUCUGCACAUGCCCUAAGAAAAUCAUCUUUCUACUCCUGGACUAUCCCGUCCCAGCAGACAGCACCGUGAUCCUGAUGUGGCACGCGGUGAGCUCUGAAUCCAAGGUGGCCUGUGAGGUGCUGAAGACGAUCCUGACGGUGCUCAAAGGGAAGCCCGGCGAGGUCGAGGAUAAUCCAAAAGUCACGAGCAGAAAGCGCUUCUCCGUGGAUGCCGUCAAUAUGAUGCCAGUGGCCGCAUCGCAGGCCCUGUGCAUACUCCUGCCUGCCUUUGAGUACAAGAUCGCAGUGGCAGAGUUCUUCCCUCAGCUCUUAAUGGCCCUGAUUCUGCAGCUCUAUUACUCUGGAAACUUCUUCUGGACAAAGAAGAAGCCCCUCUACGCACGGGAUGCUUUGAGGAUUCUGCUGAGAUGCUCGGGGUUGUUCAAAGUGGAUGCUGCCCUUCAAGAGAAGAAAUGUUGGGAACACUUUCCUCAACAGAUGUUUUACCAUCGUGGAGUGUAUCUUGUGGCCAAAACUCUCAGCCAGUUCAACUUUCCUCAGUUUCCCAAGACUCUGCACUAUCUGUACAAGCUCUCGGUGGAAGGCCCCAGGAGGGUGGAGGACAGUAUCACCACUGUGAUCUUCCUCAUUGAACUCCUUAGCAAUUUUUUCAAGGACCCAUUUCCAGAGCCAUUCCUGAUUCUCUUCAGAAAGUGGGUGAGUGACUCAGACCCUGCUGUGUGCAAGCUGAGUCUGAAAAAGAUCGCCUGCAUGGCCCCAGUUAUAAACGAGAUGGAAAACCCCACAGAGUUGCUGCUAGCCAUCCUGGAUGCCUUCUCUUCCCAGAACGGCUCCGUGGUCAUCCAGGCCAUGCAAACUCUCCGAAGUCUCCUCAACAUCUUAGACAAGAUGGUCUACGCCUCUGUGUGCAACAGAAUUGCUUCCAGCUACUGCCCGCUUCUGGAUCACGGUCUGGCUUCCGUCAGGGCCUUGUCCAUCCUGCAUUUUGGGGAGUUGCUAAAAGACAUGAACGAGUACUCUUGGCUGUUGAAGGAUGCAGUCUUCAAAGCUCUGGUCCCUUUGAUUCUUUUCCUGGAAGAUAAGAAGAAGGCUGUGGUUGAAGCCUGUAAAUAUACACUGAACAUCUGUGCUCCGUAUUUGAAGUGGACAACAGCCUCUUUGCUCACAGACAAGAGUUACAGAUUCGAGAUAGUGGUUCUCAACAUCUGUAAAAGUCUGUUCAGUAGUCAUGGGACCUACAUUACAGAAUUGAUAUCCGAAAGCUUAGGAUUCUUCAAGAGCUCCCGAGCUUAUCUAAGAAGAGCAGCUGUCAUUUUUAUAGGGUACCUGGCAAAACUGGGUGGCCACAUAUUACUCAGUGAUGAAAUUGAGAUCAUGCUGGAGGCUCUAGAAAAACUGCUAAACGAUCAAGACCCCACGGUGGUCCAGGUGGCCGAACGGACUCGCAGGUUAUUUAAGGACCUGGCCAUUGAAAUGUCGACCUCCAACUUCAAACAGAGCCUCCGGAGAAUGUUCAGCUUCAUGUACUUCAGGGACUCGGCCCUCAUCUAUAACUAUGAAGGAAAGCAAUCCUAUCAAGACAGCCAAAGUGAUUUAGUGAUUAACGUGAUAGCCCACCAAGAUGGAAUAGAGCCAAGCUUGGAUAUCCUGUCGGAAGCAUCUGAGAUCUUCACGUUGCCCCCAGUGACCGUAGCCAGGAGAACCUGAUGUGUGCUCUGUCUUGGCUGACUGGACCCUGGCUGUAGGCCUCUCUGCUCAGAAAAAGCUCAGCCAACGUUGAAAGAGUCCCAUUAUGAGCUCCUAAUUCUGUGGCAAAGUUUUAACUUUCCCUGGAAAUCUACUGCAGGGAUGGGUCCAGGACUGGCCAGAGUUCCCACCUGUGGAGUAUGGUAUUAAAUCUGUAAAUAAAUGACCAGCGAGAAUAAUUUUUCUGCAAGUGUGGAAGGGGUAAAACAUUCUGAAGUUCUGAAUGAGCCAAGAUAACUUUUUUUUGUUUUACUUUUUUUUCAAAUAUAGGUAAU